CCCAAACUCCAACAAUUGUUGUUUGUUGUUUAUACAAAUGAAUAUGGCUACAAUGGAGGACCCUAUUGAAUCAUCAAACUCACAAACCCUAUCAACCACUUCAUUCCUCACUCCUUUAUUAGUUUCCAUUAUGGGCAUUGGUGUCACUGCUCUAGCCAUAUUAUUUUACCAUCUUUUACUUGUUAGAUAUUGUAUUAGGCGACACGCCGCCAGAAUGGCGGCGUUACACACGUUCGCUGGAGGGGAAAAUAUCCCUUCCGGCGUCGAUGAGAAAACCCUUCUCACCAUCCCCAUAAUUUCCCACAAAACCGUUUCUGGUUCGUUAACUGGAUCCGAAUGCGCAGUUUGUUUAGGGGACCUCGAGGAUGACGAUAUGGUCCGGUUGUUGCCGAAUUGCAAGCAUUUGUUUCAUGUGAAGUGUAUCGAUGAGUGGUUUGUGGGCCACACGAGUUGUCCGGUUUGUCGGGUUCCAGUUUGUGGAUCCGUGGGCGCCGGGGAUGAUGAUGAUGCAACAUCCGUCGGUCCGGAUGAUCAAACCAACGAUCGUGGUGGGUUGAGUUCUGGGCCGCGAAUGAUGCUUCGACAUUGUCAUUCGUUGGUUUUGCCUGGAGAAAAAAAGAAAAGGUUUACGGGUAUGGAGCUAAAGAGGUCUUUGUCAAUGGGACAAAGUAAUUGUGUUAUUGUUGAUAUAAAUAUUGACAAUGUGGACAACAAUUGUACGUAUUAUUCGUUGUUUAAGGAUGAAUCGGUUAGGCAGAUUCAACGUGUGUCCUCAAAGGUGAGGAACUCAAUUUCUAGAAUGUGUGUAGGGCAAGGACAAGAGAGUGGGAUCCUUCCAUAUUGAGGUGAUUUUCGAUCUAAUCUAGGUAGUUAUUGUUACAAUGUUAUGGAAGAUUGUUUUUUGUAUACAAACUUAAUCACCCUCUAGUUUAUACAAAAUCUCACAAAUUUGUUGGUGAUAA